AGUUCUUUUUCUUUGCGAAGUUGUUAGAGACACGUGCGUCAAUCACGCCGAAAACUCUAAAAUAAGCAAAAAUGAGUGAAGGAACGGCAACAAUCCGUACUCGUAAAUUCAUGACCAACAGGUUGUUGGCGCGGAAGCAGAUGGUCUGCGAUGUGCUACAUCCUGGAAAACCUACCGUCAGCAAAACGGAAAUCCGUGAGAAGCUUGCGAAGAUGUACAAAGUGACACCUGACGUAGUUUUCGUCUUCGGCUUCAAAACGAACUUCGGUGGUGGCAAAUCGACUGGGUUCGCGUUGAUCUACGACACAUUGGAUCUUGCCAAGAAGUUCGAGCCCAAACACAGACUUGCACGUCACGGUCUUUAUGAAAAGAAGCGACCAACACGCAAACAGCGCAAGGAACGCAAGAACAGGAUGAAGAAGGUGCGUGGUACCAAGAAAUCCAAAGUAGGCGCGGCCUCCAAGAAGUGAUGUGAUGGUUAGGAAUGUAAGUAAAUAAAAACUCAAAAAAAACUAA